AUGUCAACUCUACCAUUCCCUCAAAAGAUAAAGCGGGAAAAACUUGACAAAUAUUUUGGGCAGUUCUUGGAGAUGCUCAAGCAACUUUAUGUGAACAUUCCCUUCACGGAGGUACUCACUCAGAUGCCUCCUUAUGCAAAGUUCUUGAAGGAAAUCCUGUCUAGCAAGAGAAAAUUGGAGGAGACAACAAUGGUCAAGCUGAAUGCUCACUGCAGUGCCAUAUUGCAAAAUAAAAUUUCCCAAAAGUGUACGGACCCAAGAAGCUUCACCAUACCAUGCUCGUUGGGGAGUGAGAAAUUCGAUAAGGCCCUCUGUGAUGCUGGUACGUCUAUAAAUCUAAUGCAUUUGUCUGUAUUCAGGAAACUGGAAGGUGAGCUUGGAGUGAUCAAAUCAAUACCAGUGUCCCUACAACCGGAUGACCAGAUUAGCAUUUUGCCUGAGGGAAUCAUUGAGGAUAUUCUAAUACGGGUGGACAAGUUUGUAUUCCCCGUAGACUUUAUUAUGGUGGAUAUGGAGGUGAACAAGGAGAUAGAUGUUGUUGGGGAAUUGGCUGAAAAAUACAAGUUUGACAAGCUUGUGGGGGAUAUUCUAGAGAGGUGUAUUACUCAAUCUAGCACAGUGGAGGAUGAAGAUCCUGAAAUAAAGAAAGAAGCUGAAGCUCUUGAAAUUGAGGAUUAA